UUUCACACAGCGGUCUUUGAGGUAAACAAAAUUCACCCGCACUCCACCUGAAUAAGUUUAGUUUAAUACUUUUACAACACCUACACAUCCACCUGGAACCACCUGAACCGUCGCUUAGAAGCUGAACCUUAAUCCAGCAGGUUUGUGGUGACUCUUUUUGCUCGAAGAGAAAGAUUUUGACGGUUAAACGCAACGACUCGGUGCUCGGUGGCGCAGCUAGCUGAGGGGUGACAGCGGCAGGAGUUUACGAUGCAGCACCGCUGCAGCGCGUGUGACGCUCCGAUACAGAGACAAGCUAAAGGCUACAAGCGGAAAUCACUGCUGUCACUCAUCGACAGAAAGAGCGCUCACAAACUUUUCCCGGAUCUGAACCCUCAAGAGGCGUUUCUGUGUUUCGGCUGCGUGCGAAACGUUUAUCAGAAAACAAAGAAAUGCGGUAAAAGGCGCAUUUAUGUGGAACCGAAUCCCCCGCUCCGCCCGGCUCCUCCUGCCCGCGCUGCCCCCUCAGUCCCGGGGGAACCAACGCCCCCGAAAAAGCUCAAAAAGAGACUCAAAACGACGCUGAACGAGCAUGACUACGCAUCGCAGGAGCCAGCGCCCUCCCCCCGGCCCGACCCUCCGCCGGCCCGACGCGUCCACCGCGGACCGAUGUCCCAGGUGUGUGGACACCUGCGUAGGAAGAACUUCACCUCCGCUCUGAACCGACUGCUGCAGGUGUCCGGCUUCACGGAGGCUCUGAUCAAAGUGUGCAGAAAAAUCAUCUCCAACGAGCGUAAAGAGAUGGCCAACGACCUGGAGGGGCCCUACAGGAAGACCCUCAGCCCUGACAACCUGUCGGCCUUCAGCUGGGAUAAGACUACUUCCUGGGCUGAGGAGAAGGCUCCUCUGACUGUGGCCUGUCUCAGAUCUAUGUUCCCACCCGCUAAAAAGAUCCAGAAGCAGAUCGUGAAUUACAGCCCGGGGAACAAACCACGGCGGAUGACUGACGAGGAGGUGAAGCAGAUGUUGGACCGGAGGAUCAGCCUCCUCCUCUCGGUGCCUCUGUACACCAGCUCGCUCAGAGCCUCCUUCAUUCAGACCGCCUUCAGCGUGGAGAUGCUCAGGCACCGCUGUCCCAUCAAAGUCUUCGCCAUCAUGAACAGCCUUGGCAUCUCGCAGUCCAAAACCACUGCCAGGAUCCACGCCAAGAAACUCGCUGAGGAGCACGAUCGUCAGGUGAAGCAGUGGAGAGACGAGAUCCAGGCGACUAGAAAGACGCAGUACUGCAGCGACGACUCCAAGAAGGCGGCGGCUUACACCUUCACCUGGGGGAAAGUUCGGGUGCCGUCGGUGUCCAGGUGCGACGCCACAGAACAAGGAUACACCUUCGUCACGUGGGCGUUUCGCUUUGCUCAUCGAGUUCGGAUUAAUUUUCGUGACCUGCACGGACCUCCGAUAAAAGCAGUGGAAGUGUCUCCUUACAGCAUCCUACCGUCCAAACAGACGUACGAGUCGUUGCGGCAGCGAAUGAAAACCUUAGUGAUGCGCAUCAUCGCCGACAACCUGACGGCCCUGAAAGGACCGAGAGGACGAGUGGUGAGACACAUUCCUCACACCUACUCCAACCUGUUGAAGGAAGAGAGCACCACUGUGAGUCUGGGUGCAGUGAUACCCAACACCACCGAGGGUUCUGUUAGUGCAGCGUACGGCCUUAAAGACUACAUCCCCAUGGUCUCUGGGACACCGUACCACAUUCUGUGUUGUGGGGACGUCCUCGGCACCGCUAGGACAGAGCACUGCAACAAAACCCAGAAAAAUGACUCUCCAGACCCGAAGCCUGACCUGAAGUUCGAUGGGCUCGUAGAAGCACCGCAAGAGUUUCAGAAGGAGCACCUGUUUCACGAGGAUAUGAUAAAGCUGCUCCUCAGUGAGAAGAGCGCGAACGCUCGAGGAACUCUUCAUUACAUCAUCUCGCUGUUUCGCUUCAAGACGUUUAACAACACGGCCAAAGACUACUUCCUCAACUUGUGGGACUUCAUUACGUUUGUGACAACGGCGUACGUGACUCUGUUUGCUGUGUCAGAUUGUGGUCUGGACUCUGUGGACCAGAGACCCUCAGACUACCCCUCUCAGGUCUCACUUCAGAUGGACUGGCUCAGUGAUCUGGCUCACAGACUGGUGGACCUGGUGUGGAUGCCUCCACCUCAGGAAGACAUCAACACUGCUGCCGCUGCCGCUGGUCGCCGCGAUGAAGAGUCGGAGAAGAAAAUAUUCCCCUUCUGUUACUGCAGAGAAGAGAAACCAGGCGAGCAGCUGCUGCGGUGCUGCAGUAACCUGUGUCCAGGAAUCUGGUUCCAUGAGGGCUGCGCUCAGGCUCAGACCCGCUCAGACCCACACGAGGACUGGUUCUGCAGUCCGGACUGCAGCGCAGAUGGGACCUACGUGUACUGCCACUGUAAGGAGCAGAGGGGGGGCCAGAUGGUCCAGUGCGGACUGAUGGACAAGUGCAGGAGACACGAGUGGUACCACAGAGACUGUCUGCCGGCGGCCGAGCAGAGCCGGGCCGAACAGACUCCGUGGUUCUGCUCAGAGUCCUGCUCCUUGGCAUCCGACGGUGACGACUUCCUGUUUAACUACACCAGGGCUGUUGUGUGGGAGGGGCUGUACCACAUGGCCAGACGAGACGCCAUCCAAGAGGGAGACGGAGACGCCAUGACGGACUUCUGGAAGAUGGACCUGGUUCUGCUGUGGACCAGAAAACACCUGCAGCUGUUCAACAGUAGCCACAAGAUGAUCACCGGGACGGAGGGGUUCUACCCGGAGCGCAUCAGACAGGACAUGAAGUGGAACCGAGUGCUGAAUCUUCAGGGAACAUCUGGAGGAAACGUCAGCCAGGAUCUCCUGACUGAGCUCAUGAUCAACGAGUUCAAAGGUGUGAUCGAGUUCGGGAAAGGCAGCUUUACGACGCAGCAGGUGGAGCAGAGCGCUCAGCUGGCCGGGGCUCAGGCCAAACACCUGGACAGACUCUUCUUCACGGGAGGAAACCCUCUGAACGCGUCCACGUACCUGUCCCGGCUCACGUCCUCAUCCUGCAGGAGGACAGAGGACGUGUCCAGGUUCGUGGAAGAGUUCAAGAAGGACGAACUGUUCAGGUUCAGACCAGGAAGAAAACAUCAGGGCUUCGACAAGUUCAGCUACCAACAGAGAGUGAGACAGCCAGAGAGGAUGGGGAGGUGCAUGAGGAGACGAUCUGAGGAGCUCGACCGACGGAGGGACGCCGUCCUCUGAGAGCGGCCCACAGGUGAGGACGACCAAUCACGUGACAUCGUGACAUCACCUGUAUGAGGCAUAGAUAUCUAUAGUGCUCACAUCUGUGGAGGAGGGGGGGCAGACGUGUAUUGGUGAUACAGGAUAUUAAACCCUGUGAACCCCACAACCUGCCGGUGGGUUUGAAAAACAUGUUUUCUUUAAAACAUCUCCAAAAUGACACCAGGACGAUAGCAAGAAACUGGAACGGCACAAUUUAUCGUUGGAGUUUCAGAUUUCCAACGGCCCUUGAAAGCCUCUGUCAGGAAAAACAACCAAAACUAAACUAGUGAUAUUUCAUUAAAGUCACUUUAUUCUGCAUCUCAUUAAAACAGAAACCAUUUGCUCGAAUCAGAUCCCGUAAAAAUCAGAAAAUUCAAAGUGUGAAGCUUCGAGCGACUCAGCGGAGACCAACAGUCACAUGACCACAACUGAGCCCCUCCCCCUUUUUAUAAUGCAGGUGAGACUCAUGGGCGCUUUGAAAAAUGUCUUUAUAUUGAUUCUUUCUUUUAUUUUGUAAAAUAAAGAAAUUCCACCUUUGUUUUUUUCUUUUUCUGAUUUAUUUAAUUCUAACUGUUAAACUGCUCUGAAGACAUUUGACCUAAACAGAGACUCCAGAAUCUGCUUCAGGUUCAGAGCGAUCAAUUAGAAACGCAGGUUUUCACAAUAAAAUACUUUAUAAAAGACUUUAUCUUUUAUAGAGAGGAACAGUAAUAUUUCUGUCAUAUUACAGAUUACCUACAGUAUUUCAUCUGUAACAUUUAGUUAAGAUGACACUUUAUUUGCUGCCUUGUAAACUGGCUGUUUCAGUUACACAAACAGGAGUGAAACGAUUGAUGGAUGCGAUCAGCUGCUUCGCUGCCGUCAACAGGAAGUGACACGUUGUUCUUUGACAGAUUCUCAGUUGUUUUAUUUUGUUGUAAAUCUUAUGAUCUGUUUUUUUUAUUUCUUAUUUCGAACAUCCUGAAUGAAUAAAAGGUUUUCAGCA